AUGUUGUCAAGGAAGACGCGCCGCGACCUGCGCCUCAUCUUCCCGGGCACCAAGUGGUGCGGCGACGGCACCCAGGCCCUCUCCAUGUCGCACGUCGGAGGCCUGCACACGGUCGACCGCUGCUGUCGCUCCCACGACUAUUGCCCAUACGCCAUACUCGGCCUCUCGGAGAAAUACGGCCUCUUCAACUUUCGCAUCUUUACCAUUUCGCACUGCCGAUGUGACCGGAGAGUACACCGGGGCACCCCAACCCUCAGACACCGGCGCGACAUCCUGGACGUGCUCCGCGUGCCCGGCACCAAGUGGUGCGGCAAGGGCUACACGGCCACUACGUACAACACGCUGGGAGGGUACGCCGGUGCCGACCGCUGCUGCCGGCACCACGAUAAAAAAUGUCCCUACUGGAUCGCUUCCUUCGAGGAGAAGUAUGGCCUCUUCAAUUGGGGUAUCUCCACCAACCACUGCGCUUGUGACGAGAGGUUCCACACAUGCCUAAAGAUGACCGGCUCCGGCGCCGCCAACAUGGUCGGCAAGAUCUUUUUCAACGUCGUCAAGACCAAGUGCUUCGUGCUGAAGAAGCAAGUGGAGUGCGUCAAGAGCAGCUGGUGGGGCAACGAGUGCGAGGAGAAGCGGAUCGUCAAACGAGCAGCUCUGAAGACGGCGCUGGCGUAUUAGCUGGCUCCAGGAAGCUGGAGAGUGGAGAGAGUCGCUAGUCACCGGCCGUGUGCCCAGACGAGUCUGCGCCGCACGCGGCCAGAUCUCUGGGUCGGGACCGAGGAGUCUGCGCCGCGCGCGGCCAGAUAUCGGUCCGGACGGUCGACAGAGCCCGGGCUGUCGCCGACACUGGGCACCACGUUCACCCGACGGACGCGCGGUGGAGAGGCAUUCGGAGUCGUGGCAGCCAGGGAGCCUGGUAACUGGGUCAUAGAGGAGGCCUGGGGUCGCUCAGGUUCUUGGUGGCGGCACCUCUCGACGUGCUGCUGCUACGUAGUCGCGCGCUGGUCCGCAGCGGCCACCGACACUUUAUUCAUGACAUGUUGUUUCUGUGAUAGACCCAUUAUCGCUGGUGGCUUGCCGCUGCGAGGAGUCCGGCUGCAGUGGCCAGCGCAGGGAGGGGGGCGGGCGGCGACGGCGCCGAACCCGCCGAUCCCUCGACGCCGGCAUCCGCACUCUCCGCCAUGUACUCGCGAGCUACCGCCGCGCCGUCUCAGACCGGGUUCUGGUCGAUCCUCACAAGCCCAUUCACCUGCGUUCAUCUAGCUCAUCGCCCAUAUGUGCGGUCGGGACUGUGCUCAGUGAACUGGCCGGCUCCUGGGUCCAUCCGUCGUCGAGACCACUGCGUCAUCCAAUGGUCAGCAUGUUCCAUCUUAUUUUUGUACGAAAACACCAAUACAUUAUGCAAUAUGG